AUGACCACUGAAACCUACCAUUGGCAUGAAAGUGCCAGAAAUAUCCGACUCAACGGGUGGACAGUCUGGGCAGAUCUUCAGCUGCGAGAUGGCUCUUGGAAAGAGCGAAGCUUGGAUCUUGAUGAGUAUCUAGGAAACGAUAAUGGAAACUUCAAAUGGAAUGGACGAAAUAUCAGCGAUUCUGCCAAAGACCCGAUUCUCGUGUUCUGGGAAGGGUAUCCGAUCAUAAGAGCUUCGCUACAAGACACCAAUGGCAACUAUCACCAGAAGGACUACAAUCUUUCCGACGAGAUUGGAAACUUCAAUGGGAAAUUCCACGUUAAGGGUCGUGGUGUACCGCCCGGCGUGGCCUUUGGAUCUGUUGGGAUUGACAUAUUCAGCGGGAUGGGUUAG